AUGACUGGCGGAUUCGCUUCGAGUGAUAUCAAAGCCUUUUGGGAGCACUGUCGGCAGUUCGAUGAAUGGAAGCACCAUCCAAUCUUCAGUGAAGAAGAUGUUGACAUGGGAAGAUGCGUGCCGGUUUGUUUCCACUGCGACGGGGCUGAGUUUUUUCGAAACAGCGAGUACAUCGUUUGGAACAUGAGUUCGAUCUUCACAGACAAGGACUCGGAUGUCUGGGAUGUAAAGUUUCCGAAUGUGAUCAUCCCACACGCAAAUAUGAAAGACGAGGAGGUGCAGCGAUAUGCUCAUUCGAAAGUCGCAUCUGCAAUGUCAUGGUCGAUGUGGCAAAGCAUGAAGGGUAUUGGUCCAGAAUUCGAUAUGGACAAUGAUCGUUUGACAUCUCCAUUUCAACUGAGCCUUAAAGGAACCCGCCUAGCAGGUGGAUGGAAACUGGUUUAUUUCGGCUGGAAAGCAGACCUCAAAGCGAGGGUGCAGGCGCACUUCUUUUCAAAUUACUACCUCUGCAACAGCAUGUGCGACAGGUGUUUUGCGACAGUUCCGACUGCAAAUGAGCAGUUGGCAUUUACGCAUUUGGGCGAAGAUGCUGCGUGCUGGAUGACAGAGUUGAGUCACAGCGAUUAUGCUCGUCAUUUCGACGACCGAUCUCCAUGGAUGGAAAUGCCAGGCUUCCGGCUGGAGACUGUUUUCUUUGAUGCGAUGCAUAUUUUAUGGCUGGGAACGGCUCGCGUUCUGCUUGGCUCCUGCCUGGGUGUUUGGCAUCGGCUGGGCUUCCUGGGGAUUCGUCACCACAUGCCCACUUUCACGAAGAGCAACACCAUCCAAGACGACUGGGCUGAGCUGGGCAGUGUAUUCAAAGCAAUGAGUGUGAAAACCAGCUUGUGGUACUUUUGUGUGAAAGCAGCCGAGUUCUCGCGAGCAAGACCGGAGGAGCGGAUGGCCAAGCUCAUCACGGUCUGCCUUUGGAGCCUCUAUGAUGCCACCAAGUUACUCGAUGCCUGUGGCCUACAACUGUAUGAAGAUGAAGCUGAGGAUGCCCACAGCAAUAUCUGCAAGCACUGCAAGACUUGGCAGUUCUUGGCUGCUGCUUGUGUCGAGAAGGGCUGGAGAUGUUUCAAAUGCAAGCCGAAAUUGCAUUACUUGCUUCACAACUCCCGGCAAAUGCGUCGUACAAAGCUAAACUUGUUCCUCCUUGGUGCUGUUUGGGCCGGAGAAAGUUUCUUAGGGAAGCUGAAGAGGGUUGGCAUAAAGUGCCAUCAAGCUUCUUUAAUGCGUCGGUUGUUUGCGCGAAUCUUGUUGCUGCUUAGCCUUCGUUUCCGGCAGUCGCGAGAGUGA